GCCUGGGUGUUGGUGCUCAGGGCAAGGCUGGAGUUCCUCCUUCCUGUAUCAGUGCUGGUCUUUUGCUGAGCCUCUGCCUUUCCACCAGAGCAAUGCCAACCCACCGCCUUGUGAUUGUGCGGCAUGGCGAGAGCACCUGGAACCAGGAGAACCGUUUCUGCGGCUGGUUCGAUGCCGAACUGAGCGAGAAAGGGAGAGAGGAAGCCAAGCGUGGGGCCCAGGCUGUAAAGGAUGCCGCCUACGAGUUUGACAUCUGCUACACCUCCGUACUGAAGAGGGCAAUCCGCACGCUCUGGUAUAUCCUGGAUGGCAUUGACCAGAUGUGGCUGCCCGUCGUGCGCACCUGGCGCCUGAACGAGCGCCACUACGGGGGCCUGACAGGUCUCAACAAGGCCGAGACCGCAGCCAAGCACGGUGAGGAGCAGGUCAAGAUCUGGAGACGGUCCUAUGACAUCCCCCCACCUCCGAUGGAUGAAAAGCAUCCUUAUUAUCAAGUUAUUAGCAAGGAAAGGCGCUAUGCAGGCCUGAAGGCUGGGGAGCUACCCUCUUGCGAGAGCCUCAAAGACACCAUCGCCCGCGCCCUGCCCUUCUGGAACGAUGAGAUCGCGCCCCAGAUCAAAGCCGGCAAGAGGGUACUUAUUGCUGCUCAUGGCAACAGCCUUCGGGGGAUUGUCAAGCACCUGGAAGGAAUGUCCGAUGCAGCCAUCAUGGAACUCAACCUCCCAACUGGGAUUCCCAUUGUGUACGAGUUGGAUGACAACCUGAAGCCGACCAAGCCUAUGCAGUUCCUGGGUGAUGAGGAGACUGUGCGGAAGGCCAUGGAGGCUGUGGCAGCCCAGGGCAAGGUCAAAAAAUGAGAGGGAAGAACAAUGGGUGAAAUAAACAUUUGGAAAAAAAAAUAACCUUGGAGUGAGUGAGAUCUGUUCCAGCAAGGCAAGGGUGGUAGCUCUUUUCCUGCACGGCAGGGGCAGGCAGUGGGAGGGGAAAUAUUGCUUGGGGAAAUGGAUCUUUUUUCUGCUCAAUGGCUGUUGUAAAAUAUAUUUUUGCCUGUGGGCCAGUUAAUGCAACACAGAAUAAGGCUUUUGACUUUUGGAUGAUCAAAUAAAUAUAGAAAGUUUUCUUUAAAA